UCAAAAUAAAAUCUUUUCCAUUUUACAUAAAUUAUCUCAUGUUUAUGGAUUUAUUUUUACAGCUAUAGGAAAUUUUAAAACGUAUAUAUAGAUUAAACUUAUAUCUGUGAUAUGGAUUUUUAGAUCUUAGAGAUCUAGUCCCAGUUUAUACGAUGACGUGUGAUAUCUUUGUCACAUCACAAAAUCACAAAAUUUGAUUAUUGUGAGAAACUAUUCUCUGUAUUUUAAACACAGUUUGCACAGGCCUUCACAUAAAGUCUUGUCUGAGUAGCCUAAAUGUUGAAGUGGAAAUAACUACUUUAGCCUAAUAUUGAAUAUGAUCUUUGUCGUUUUUCUUUGUCAAUUAUAUCUGAUAUUUGAAGCUGAAAAAGGGGGGGAUAUACGGACGUUGGAAGAUGUCUGACACAGCCGAAACAAAACCAGAUAAAUAAAAAUGUAAUCUGCACAGACGUGACUCCAGAUCCAGACGUUGUUUGAGCUUCAUGUUGCAAAGUUUUUCUAAUAUAGUGGUAUUUAAAAUGUGUUUUGGUGAGCAGCAGUGGUAGGGUGCUUACGUGUCCUAUAAAGUACCUCGUAAAAUAAAGCUUCCAGAAACAUACUGUAUCGUUUUGGGUAACAUAGAAGAGAUUUUAGCAGCAACAACUGUCUGAGAUACUGUAAAAGAAUUUUUUCUUUUAGUCAUUCAUAUUUUCCAUCUCACAAACAGCAGAUCUUUCUCAUAUCUUGAUAAUUCUUAGCUUUAAAACUGGAGCUUGUUAUAUAGCAGAGCGGGUGAGUAUUUAAUGACCAAAGGGAUUGAUUUAUCCUUUAUUGUUCAGCCUUUAUGAUCACGUGUGUCUGCUACCCAAUGGCAUGGCAGCCUGUCUCCCCAUUACUAGCCCACUGUAGUUCUCUGUGGGGCCAAGUUGCUACUUGAUUUCUCCACAUUGUUAUUUUGUGAGGCUGGGUUUACUGCGUGUGUAUGUGUGUGUGGUGUGUGUGUGUGCACGUUUUUUACUUUUGCAUGUAUCUGCUGAAUGACUGCGUACAUGUGAAAGUGUAAUUUUUCUGCCAUGUCGACAUCCGGAACACUGACUAGUUACUUCGUCGAUUCCCUCAUUCUACCCGAGAGCGAGGAGGUCUCUGUGCCGAGAUACUCCUCCGGUCCUGGGCUCCAACAUGCCAGGCAGCCCGCUUCCAUCAGCGACCACAGCGAACUCGGGACUUGCACCUUCCCGUCCAAACCUCCGGUGUUCGGUCCGUCAUGGAGCCACGUCCCGGCUCAGUUCCCAGGCGCCGUCUCCUCUGUUUAUCAUCACCACUAUGGGCAUCCCCAAGGCCCCGUGGGCGCAGAUACAGAUGGCCGUUAUCAGUCGUGGCUGCUGGAACCCAUGUCCGGUUCCCUGCCCAUGACCGGAUUACCGACGACCCAUCACUACGGAAUCAAACCGGAGGGUCUGGGGACGCGGCUGACGGAGCCGCUGCCGGGCUCUCACACGGCGCUGCUGCUCUCUGAUUACGCGAACGGAACGGUCGCGACGACAUCACCGGUGGAAAAGGACGCACUGUCCGGCCAAGCGGGGGACAUGAGCGGGGAGGGCGAAGAGAAACCGGGCCUGGAUCCAAAUAAUCCGGUGUCCAACUGGCUCCACGCGAGUGCCACGAGAAAAAAGCGCUGUCCGUACACCAAGCACCAGAUCCUGGAGCUGGAGAAAGAGUUCCUCUUUAACACGUACCUGACCAGGGACCGUAGGUACGAGGUGGCGAGGCUCUUAAACCUCACCGAGAGACAGGUUAAAAUCUGGUUCCAGAACCGCAGGAUGAAGAUGAAGAAGUUUAAUAAAGACGGCGCACCGAAAGACGAGUGACUGAACCCGUAGAUGAAACAGUAUUUAGGCUGAUAGCUGAGCUGUGUGUGUGGAGGCUCUUAACUCUGCUGGACCUUGUUUUUAAACUUCAUUGUCUUAUUGUUCUAUAUAACAGAAGCUAUUAGGCUUAUUUGUCUUGUUAAAAAAAGAAAAGCAUGUUGGGCUUCAGUUUGAUGCGACUACCUUUAUAUUGCACAAUUUUAACAGUGCCCACUCGUUUUUUAAAUUUUAUUUUAUUUGUUCUUUACUGAUGUUGAUUUUGAAUUAAUACCUCGUUCCAGUGUAUUAGUUGGCCUGGUCCCUGUGCUUGUUUUUGUGUAUGGAUGUUUCUAGCUGUGUGUGUUUUCUGGUUUGUAGCUAUAUAUUUGUUGUCUAUCUCCGAGUCACCUGAGCGUAUAGUUUGUAAAAAAAAAAAAGAAAAAAAAAGUGUUAAUUUUAUUGUUUCUCCCUUAACUGCUAGAACUAUGACUGAUGACCAUGAGUUUGAAUCUAACAUUGGAGCCGUAGAAAAAGACUGAUCGCAUUUUGAAGUAGGUACAUAAACCUCACACACCUCUUGAAAAUGCUCAUUAAAUUAAAAGAUGUUAUAGAAGCUAUAUUACACGACAUUAUUGACUACCUAUAUGUCUUUCAACUACCUACAAUAACGUUUUUUUCCCCCUCGAUGGCGGAUUACAGUAGAUUUGCUUGCAUUAGAUACUGAGCUAUGUCUGAAUUUCAGGGAGUAACAUUUUGAAAGAACAUAAUGUUUGUUAGUGAGAGGAAAUUACAUAAAAACACUGUAGGCUACUUAUUGAAUACCUCACGGUCUGCUGACCGUCUGAAUUUUGGUUCACAAAUGUAAUUUGUACUUUAUUUAUUAAAUAAAACAAAUUAUAUCUGCGAAUA